AUGGCGGCGGAGUCCCCACUCCCAGCCUGGCCCCGUGAGCACACACCUCCGGCUGGGACCGUCCUUCAGGGCGGGACGGAGCUCCGGAAAGGGAAAGGGGAAGAGACUGGCACAGCUCUGCAGGGGCAGCAGCCGUGCCCCCCUGGCUUCAGACCAGCACACAGUGGAGAGCACGCUGCCCGGGAGGGUCAGAGCAGUGCCGUAACCUCAGAUUUGAGGACCCUUGGGACAGAAGCUGGUUACUUCGCUUCAGCAGAGACCGGGCGAACCGAGCCGAGAACAGACACGCAGACGGCGGUGUCUGGGAAACAGCGCCAGAUGCGACCAAAGAGUCUGGUCUGGUUCUUAGAAUUUACCGUGAGAGCCGUCCCUGUGACCCCUGACCCUGUCACAGCUGAAGGGGACACGGCCGGUUCUCAGGGAGCCUUCAAGUCCGCAGGGAGCAGCGAGGUAGAGCGAGUCCUGUCGUCCCGGGACCCUGGCGGUGAUGCCAGCCCGCACCGGCCCGAAAGUCUUCAUAAAAGAAAAGCAGCACAGCUCCGUAUUUGUGCCUGGAGGAACGGUCAGUGCCCCCUCGAGGUCACGCUCCGCUGCCAGAGCAGACCGCGGUGGGGCUCCUGUGCGAGCGUCCACCGCUGCGAGCGUCCACCGCUGCGAGCGUCCACCGCGCCCCCUGUGUCUCUCUGCCCGGGGUCCUCAACAGGAGCUGUCGGAGGGUCAGAGGUCGAGCUGUUCUCCGCUCAGGACCAGUGGCACCCGUGGGAGCUCGUGGCAGGUGGGGGCGCCUGCCGACUUCAUCUUCCUCUACCGUCACAGACCUUGGCCGUCCGCCUGGGGAAGAGGCCCUCAGAGCUGUGCUCCCCAAGGCAGAGGACGGCCCAUCCCUGGGCCCCUCCCUGGGCCCUCCUGUCCUGCCCACAGAGGCCUGGGCACAGCGAGGCAGCGGCGGGAGAGGGCUCCCCGGCGCCGCGGGAUGGGUAUCCGUGGACAUGGGCAGAAGGACAGGAGGGGCCACCAGAGCCGGCCGGCCGGCCCUCCGGAUGAGGCGGCAUCGGACAAAGAAAGGAGGAACAGGAGGAAGGGAAAGUCUUCCCCCCACCCCGGGGGUCUGUGCGCAGAGGAGCAAGGCAGCCCCGUGCACGGUGCAGAGUCUGGAGACGCCCGUGGGGCCGCCGGGUGUCGCUACCUGGAAGGUUUCUUCCCAAGGUCUGCGUGUUCCUGCCUCUGGCCCUCUACCCAGCCCCCCACAGAACCCCAAGACCACACAGCUUGGAAUUGAGUCCAGGACAGGCUGUCCUGCACCCACUGAAAGGCGUCUGCCUGUGACCAGGUGCAGGGACCUCCCCGGUGUGGCUCACGUCUCUGGCACUGGCUCGGCGCACGGCGGACAUCCAGCCAGCGCUCCU